AUGGUUGACAAGAUCAACUUGAUGCAGAACUCAUGGACGGCCUCCAAAGAUCAGCCGCCUUUCAAAGGUACGUCAAUCAAAGAUGUCCCUACUGGGUCUCUUGACGAUCUGAAGCCCUCUUCGACUUUUGAUGACGAAACUCGCCUCCUCGGAUCCACAGAACCGGUGUUGACGAAUUUACCAAGUGACUUUGAUGCUCGUCAGAAGUUUGCCUCUUGUGCUGGAGUCAUUGGGCAUGUGAGAUCGAAUGGCUGUAAUCGUGGCAACCUGAUUGAAGGACUGAACUUCAUGAAAAAUCAUGGCAUUGUUACUGGUAAUGAAUUCAAACCGGCGGACCAACUGGCUAGCGCUGAUGGCUGCUGGCCGUAUCCACUUCCGAAGUGCAAUCAUGCAAGCUCAGCGGCUAGCCAAUAUCCCAAAUGUCCGUCAGAGGCUCUCUCCCAGCCUGCAUGCCAAACUGAAUGCAUCAAUGAGUCAUACAAGACCAGCCUGCAGCAAGAUCUUCACCGUGCUAAGAGCUGGGGCCGUCUACCAACAUCUCCUCAGAAGAUCAAGCAAGAGAUAUUCGAUAAUGGAACCGUUCUCGGGGUGAUUUCUAUGUAUGAGGAUUUCCGACUCUACAAGUCUGGUGUCUACGUGCACACAACUGGUGGCCUC